AUGUCUAAGAAAGGUUCCGCAUCAGACCCGUUGAAGCAGAUGAGCUUGAAAAGUUUCAUUUCGAAGAAGGAAAAACCUGAUACCAAAUCGGCCAAAACAAUGGAAGCGGAGCCUCAAAUAUCAUCAACCACCUGCAGCCAACCAACCACAUCCUCGCCAAGCAUAUUCAAACUAAAAGCUCCCGUAUUGAGAGCCACAUCGUCGGUUGUUGAUUUGGUGCACGAACCGAGUAGUCCUUUCAAAGUACACGGCGAACGAAAACGCCUUUCGCCGAGAAAAAUCUUCACCGAUCACGAUGAUCGAUCCAGCGGGCUCGAUGAGUUCGAUUUGAUGGUGCAGAAUCGCAAAGGCGUUCCUCCGAAAUCGGUUGACCCGAUCGAGCUCGAUCUACUGGAAGAUUCCGCGUACACCAAGGCAACAAAAAAAUUGCAAGAAAACCUAAACAAGCUCAUCAGUGAACCCAGUCCGGUGAAGGUGUUAAAGUUUGAGUGCAAGCAGCCGACAUCGGCCCGAAUUUCGCUGGAUAAGUGCCGGGAGGACACUUUCGGUUGCUCGUUUGAUGACGCUGCAGAUGAGGAUGAUUUUUUCGAGCGUAAAAAGAAAACGCAUGCCUCCACUUCGACACCACUUGGCGGAGUUUCCAUUUCCACGCCCUCCGCAGGCACACCGCAACCUAAGGCUGAUGGUCUAACGUCGAUCUUGAAACCAUCUAAACUAGUGACCGAAAGUGGUCAACGCAAGCAAAACAAUUCCUCCGAGUUGAACCGUUUGUUGAGUCCCUCGAAGAAGACAGUUGCUAUACGUUUCGAUGAGGGCCUACAGUCAUACUUGGACGACGUGAUCGGCAGCGCUGGGUUUAACUCGAAAAGCUUGCACGAGCGAGAUAUUCGUAAAAAUGGAGAAUUCCUGGCCGGUAAAAGGCUUGCACUGUUGGAGAGGUUUUACGAUCUUCUCACCCAGCUUCCAACGGAAUGUCUGCAGCGAAUCGAUAGUGGAUUUAAUGUCGAGUGUUACGAACGCCUAAAGUCGACAAUUGACAGCGUGCGUGGAAAGAUCAGGGUGAACGAUCGCGUGCUGGAUAGAAUGCGAAGUCUGAGCAAAAGCAAAUCGAAAGAGUCGAACUCAACAAUUGUUGCGGAAGAAUCGCCCGCCAAAAGCAUCGAUAGACAUCGACCGGCUGCCAAGAUACCGAUCGUUUACGAUUUUCCUUUCGGAGCAGAUGACAUUUUCUUCGAUGGUAGCGAUGUCGUCGAAAGCACGUUGCCGGAAAGAAACGGUUGGGAAAAGGCCCGUGAAUCGUCAUCGACCGCGCCAUUUGUUCCCCUACCCAGUAGCCUUCCGAAGACGCUACAGUCAAAAGAACCCACUGCUCCACUCAGUGCCAGCACCAAUCCGUCCUCCGCAGGGCCACCAAAACCAACGGGGAGCGCAUUUGUGUUCAAGAAACCGAUGACAGGUACGCUAUUGAACGCUACGGCAGACUUUUCAGCGGAUGUUUCGAAACAUGAUCGUUCGAAGUGUUCGGUCUCGUACGGUGUUGACGUCGACGAUGACGAUGAUCUUGUGAACGAUGACGACAUACUCAAGAGCCUGCACGAGGCAGAGCUAAUCGAUCGGGGAAAAUCGGGAGCUCACGUCGAUCUAACCACGGUCGAUCUCGUAACACCGGAAACAUCGUUAAGGCGGCCCGAUCCACCGAGAAUAACUUUUCCAGCGGAAUCGAUUCCCAGUGCCCCGGCCACCGCACGUAAUACUCAGUUUAUCGAGGAAAUUAAUACGCAGCUCGACGACGACGGUUGGCAGCUUUACGAUGCUUCGAUGUUCGACGAGUCCUUGGAGGAACCUGUGAGCAGUGCGAACGUACCAACCGCAUCGAUCGUUCCUGCUAGCGGGACCGACAUAGGUCGAUUUCACGAGGGCGUCCGUAAUGACGGUAUAACGGGCGAGUUUGACGGGAUGUCCUAUCCCCAUUCGUCCCGCCUGCAAAUGGUGUUUAAAGAAACGUUCGGUUUGCGAACGUUCCGACCGAAUCAGCUGCAGGUGAUCAAUGCCACGCUGCUCGGGAAGGAUUGCUUCGUGCUGAUGCCGACCGGCGGUGGCAAAUCGCUCUGCUACCAGCUUCCGGCACUGCUCACCAUCGGCGUCACCGUUGUGGUGAGCCCGUUGAAGUCACUCAUUCUCGAUCAAGUGCAGAAGCUCAACACACUCGACAUACCGGCGAGCAGCUUGUCGGGUGAAUCAAAUCUCGCCGACAUACAGCGUAUUUACGACGAUUUGUACAGUAGCUGCCCGGUACUGAAGCUACUCUACGUGACACCGGAGAAAAUUAGCUCGUCGGCUAAAUUUCAGAACCUGUUGACCGCUCUCUUUCGCCGGGGCCAGCUUGGGCGGAUAGUGAUCGAUGAGGCGCACUGCGUAUCUGCCUGGGGCCACGAUUUUCGGCCCGAUUACAAGCGACUGCACAUGAUGCGCCAAGAGUUUCCCACUGUGCCGAUCAUCGCCUUGACGGCCACGGCCAAUCCGCGAGUGCGGAUGGAUGUGAUCACGCAGCUGAAGCUGGCGACCGAUACGCGCUGGUUUUUGAGUAGCUUCAAUCGACCGAACCUCCUGUAUCGCGUGCUCCCGAAAAAGGGUUCCUCGACAAAGGGCGAAAUGAUUGAGCUGAUCAAGAAAAAGUUCCCCCGCGACACUGGAAUCGUGUAUUGCCUGUCGAAGAAGGAGUGCGAUCAGCUGGCGAUGGAUUUUCGGAAAGCGGGCAUCAAGGCGAAAAGUUACCACGCGGGGCUGAGCGAUACGGUGCGGGAUGCCACGCAGCGUGAGUGGAUCGGUGAUCGCAUAAAGGUUGUUUGCGCGACGAUCGCAUUCGGUAUGGGUAUCGAUAAGCCGGACGUUAGGUACGUGUUGCACUACUGCAUGCCGAAGUCGAUCGAGGGUUACUAUCAGGAGUCGGGACGGGCUGGGCGGGACGGAGAGAUUGCCACCUGCAUCCUGUACUAUAACUACUCGGACAUGCAGCGCUAUCGGAAGAUGAUGGACAAUGAUACAACCAUUUCGUUCGAGGCGAAACAGAUUCAUAUGAACAAUCUUCAGCGCAUGGUAAACUACUGCGAGAACGUGACGGACUGCCGGCGGACGCAGCAGCUCGAGUAUUUUGCGGAGUACUUUACCAGCGAGCAGUGCCUGGCGAACAGAGCCACGGCAUGCGACAACUGCUUGAUGCACGGCGAAUACCGUACACUGGAUGUGACGGAUGACUGCAUUAUGGUGGCGAAAGCGGUCCGCGAUAUCUGCGGUGGCAACAAUCGUUUCACGCUGCUCCAUCUGGUGGAGGUGCUGAAGGGAAGCGAAAACAAGAAGGUGCUAGAAAAACGCCACGACCGCACGCCGUACCAUGGGAAGCUGAAGUCGUGGGAACGCUGCGACAUCCAGCGUCUGCUGCGCAAACUGGUUCUCGAGGACUACCUCAAGGAGGACCUAAUAUUUAGCAACGAUAUCCCUCAGGCGUACCUACGCAUCGGGAGCAAGAUCGAGAAGCUGGUCACGCGCCGAGUACGAAUCGAUUUCUCCAUCAAACAGAAACAGCUGGCCAAGAGGGGCAAGGCCGUGGUGGCGGCGACACCGUCCUCAUCGACGAUCGGCACCCUGUUCGCGGGCAAGGUGAAGGAUUUGCAGACGCGCUGCUACAACGAUCUGCUCGAGGUGUGCCGCACGAUCGCGCUACAGCGGGACGUUACGCUGGCUUCGAUCAUGAACAUACAGGCUCUGAAAACGAUGUCCGAGAAGCUGCCCGAGACGGCCACGGAAAUGCUCGCCCUACCGCACGUCACGAAGGCCAACUACGAAAAGUACGGCAAACAGUUGCUGGAUAUUACGCAAAACUAUGCGGCCGAGAAGCUGUGCAUGGAGAUGGACGCGCAGGAUAAAGCGAACGGUGACCUCGACGAGGGAGAUGAGAGCGAUGCGAGCGACGACGAUUGUUUUGUAACGGGCGGCGCGGAUUGGGCUUCAUUAGCACAGGCAGCUUCACAAGACAAUGGUGGUGGUGGUGGUGGUGGUCGGCGGGGAUACAAGCGCCAACGUAGCUGGGGCACGGGUGGCGGCGCUGCUGGAGGGCGAACAAAACGCGUUCGCCGUGGAACGGGUCGACGAAAAGCACCGGCCAAAAGUAGGGCACCGUCGGCAACCCAACGACAAGGUUCAACGACUCCGGUUCGUGGUAAGGGGCGCGGUCGUGGCCGCGGCGGCGGAGGAACCAGUGCCAGUUCGAGGAGCGAAGCCGGUGGAGGGUUCGGAUUACUGCCAAUGCCUGGAGGUUACUGA